GGGGAGGCCGCGCAGCCCCGGGCCGCGGGGCUCAGCAACCACCUGCCGGCGGCGGAGGAGGAGGCGGCUCCCGCGAACGGCCGCGAGGAGGACGGCGAGGCGUCCGCGGAGGGCGCCCGGGGCCGCGAGCACGACAUCACGCUCUUCGUGAAGGCCGGCUGUGACGGGGAGAGCAUCGGGAACUGCCCCUUCUCUCAGCGCCUCUUCAUGAUCCUCUGGCUAAAGGGCGUCAUGUUUAAUGUGACAACGGUGGACCUGAAAAGGAAACCCACGGACCUGCAGAACCUCGCCCCCGGGACCAACCCGCCCUUCAUGACCUUCGACGGGGAGGUCAAGACGGACGUGAACAAGAUCGAGGAGUUUCUGGAGGAGCGCCUGGCCCCCCCGAGGUACCCCAAGCUGGGGACCCGGCACCCCGAGUCCAACUCCGCUGGGGACGACGUGUUUGCCAAGUUCUCCGCCUUCAUCAAGAACACCAGGGAGGACGCGCACGAGAGCCAUGAGCGGAGCCUGCUGCGGGCGCUGCGGCGGCUGGACGACUACCUGAACUGCCCGCUGCCCGCCGAGGGCGAGGCCGACGGCGAGGACGCGGCCGUGUCCGGCCGGAAGUUCCUGGACGGGGACCAGCUCACACUGGCCGACUGCAACCUGCUCCCCAAGCUGCACAUCCUCAAGAUCGUGGCCAAGCGGUACCGGGGCUUUGAAAUCCCCUCCGACAUGACCGGCAUCGCCAGGUACCUGAGCAACGCCUACGCCCGGGACGAGUUCACCAACACGUGCCCGGCCGACCGGGAGAUCGAGCAGGCCUACUCGGCCGUGGCCAAGAGGAGGAAGUGAGGGGCGGGCCCGGCGCGGGGCGGGGCUCCGACAGCC